CACGAUAACCGUCCAUGUAUAUAUGUGAGGCGUUGCAUGCGGCUGAUAUGAGGUUUGGUAUUCCAUGCAGCAGCCUCCCACGCGCCGCGACCGCCCACGCCAGGAUCUGCGUCACGCUGCCGCGUGGGAGUGAGAGCGCAAUGAAUGUAGCAAGCGCGGAAUAUCCCAAUUCUGGCAGUAGGGGAGAGAGCGGAAACCAACUAGUUUGAGAGUCCCUCUUUUUGACGCUAGUUCAAACUACGGAGAGUUAAUUCAAAAACAGAAGUACGCGUCGGACGCUCAGCACGCAUCCUCUCCCCGCCAGCAGGACGUCAGGUGAAGCGUCAUCCGCUUGAAGCAUCGGAACUUUUAUAAACAUACAAACAAGUGGGGAUUUAGGAAGAAGCGCGUUUUGGAACAAAUUAAGAGUGUUUGGGGAGAAAAAACAAAGACAAGAAAAGGUAUGGCAGCGACUUUACCAAGAACCCUUGGAGAGUUGCAGCUCUACCGCAUUCUUCAGAGGGCCAACCUGCUGUGUUAUUAUGACGCUUUCAUCCAGCAGGGCGGCGACGAUGUUCAGCAGCUCUGCGAGGCCGGCGAGGACGAGUUUCUUGAGAUCAUGGCACUCGUGGGCAUGGCCAGCAAGCCACUGCACGUCAGACGCCUACAGAAAGCUCUGCGUGACUGGGUCACAAACCCCGCCCUUUUCAAUCAACCCCUUACCUCCCUACCCGUCUGCAGUAUUCCUGUCUACAAGCUGCCCGAGGGGUCACCCACGCUGUUGCCCGGUAACGGAGCACGGGGUGAAACCCAAAGCGUCAAAGUGCCCAAGUGUUUGGCGGUUGCUUGCGUAGACCCCAGUAAAGGAGAAGCGGGCAACGGAAGCUCCUCAGCGACAGUUUCACCCCUUCAGAGCGGCAGCGAACCACGGUUUUGGGCCAGUCACGGCACAGAGAGCGAGCACAGUCUGUCACCGGCGGAACUGGGCUCCCCGUCUUCUCCACGGGAUGGGCUAGAGGCGCUGGACGCGGCAGCGGUUCAGUCCGUGGCGGAGUGCGUGGAAAGAAUCGCACAGACUUUGCCCAAGAGUGACCCGGGAGAGGUUAAAGAACUGUUGAAGGGGAAUAAGAAGUUAGCCAAAAUGAUCAGCCAUAUCUUUGAUAUGAGUGAGGAAGAUCCUCAUAGAGAAGAGGAAAUUCGCAAGUAUAGCGCCAUAUAUGGCAGAUUCGACUCGAAAAGAAAAGAUGGAAAGCAUUUGACUCUGCACGAGCUGACAGUGAAUGAGGCCGCAGCUCAGCUCUGUAUGAAGGAGGUGGCGUUGCUGACUCGCAGGGAUGAGCUUUUCGGACUGGCGCGUCAGGUCUCCCGAGAGGUCACCUAUAAAUACACCUACAGAACCAGCAAAUCUCGAUGUGGAGACCGAGACGAGACCUCACCCAAAAGAAUCAAAACAGAAGAAGGAUACUUUGACCUUCAAGAGGCCCUGCAGGCCAUUCACAUGCGCCAGGAGACCCUUAAGGAGCAGUUAGCCCACGCAAGAUCUAAGGGAGAGGAGACGGUUGGGCGGAACAUCCAGGUUCAGCUGGAGCGACUGCUGGCCAAGCAGAUGGAGAUCCUGCAUGACGCCGCGGCACAGGACCGACUACAGGCUCUCGAGUGGAGGGUUCCACCAGGACCCUACAAACACAGCGGAGAGAGACAGAACAGCAAUGGCAUCGCCACCGACAAAAGUGCAGAACAGGGAGAGCGGCCGCUGAAUCUGAGGGUGACCGGUCAGAGGAAAAGUGCAAAUGAAGGAGAGACGCCUCUUGGAAGGCAGCUGGCCAAUGAGUUGAAGAGGCAUCACCAAGCUAAUACAGAGGGCAAGACAUCAGGGGCCACAGGGGCUUUUAUGCCUUUAAAGGAAAGCUCAGUAGAGAGGUGGCAGGAAAGCAUUGGGGUGGAGAUGGGGGAGCAGGUUCAGCAAAGGACCAUCAAGACGUGAAUCGAACUCUGGUCGCCAAAACGGAGAUGCUUCGUCGCGUGCCCUCAACCUCUCCGAGAAGAAGGUCAUCAAAUCAGAACCCGAGGAUUCCAGAUAGCAGCCCUGAAUUCUUUCCUUUCGAACCUGUACACAUCUGUCAGUGAAUACUAACCAAGCACAACUACAGUAGAGCCUUAACAACCAAUGUUGCCUCAAAAUAGAGUUUAUUUUCGUUUCUCACCUUUUUUGUUUUUGCCAAAGCACCUAGAGCCCUUAUUUGCAUUCUCCUGGUUAGAUUCACACUGUUUGUGCUGUCACUGACUCGUUUCAUUCGCUUUGUCGCUCACUAGCUCUCCAUACUUGUUUUUCUCCUCAUGUUCUUUCUCUCUGUGUAAAAUCCGCUAUUUGUACAUACAUAGAAAAUGUCUGUUUGAAAACAAUGUUAUUUAAAUACAGUAUGUGUUGUAUGUAUAUAUGAAUGCAUGAAAAAAUGGGAGUUUCUCCGAAACGGGAGGGACAUGUCUUAUACGAUUUUCAGUACGCAGCUGUUAGUUGUCACCUAUUUAAGUGAGCCUUGAAUAGAGUUUCUCUUUAAGCACCUGUGAAAUCAUUCGGUGUCAUUUCUGUAAAAGAAAUGAUGCCCACUUGUUAAAAAAAUUACGUCACAGCUGUGGCGCUAGUUGCAUGUGUUGUUUGUGGAAAGGAUUUCAAUUUACAAAGCAUUUGUUUGGACAAACAUGCUGUGCAAGAUGAGUCAUCAAUAUUUCCAGAAAUGGAAAGACUGUAAAUUAUGAUUUCAUAGGGUUUUCUAGAGACCUCCAUCAGUGUUUCUGAUAGCAAUGCUAAUGAAUCUGAAUUUAAAGUCUACUAUGGUGCUAUGUUUGAAAUGAUUUACGUGCAGAGGGAAUCUGUGGUACACAUUGCUAUUUAAACACUGAAAUCUUCGAACCAGACAAUUGGUUUCCUUGUUAUCUUGAAUGAAUCGUAUUGCUUGAUUUCUUCAGAUUAAGAUACUAAGCACAAAUUGUAUAUUUCAUCAUACUACCAACAAAAUGCUAACACAGAAAAGCAUGUCUGUGAAAUUCUCCUCCUGGAAAAAUAGUACUGUAAAUAGUUCAAACACAUUAGCAAAUGGCUGGAUGUUAAAACAAGCGUCCAGUCUUUAUGGUAAUCACAUAAUCAAUGUAUUGUAUUUCUGAAUAUAUAGUAGUAGAGCAAUACCGGGUAGCUGUUGUCACUUAACUCAGUGAAAGUGUCUAAUUGUCCCAGUCUGAAAGGACCUUCUCUGUACAGUAUUUCUACUCUGUGUAUUAGUGUAAACAUAGUCUUAGAUUCAACUAAACGUGCAAAUGUAUGUGAAACUGAUAUGCACUAGUGUUAUUCUAAAGGCAUUUUUAGAAUUUGAAUCCUAUUGCUCAACAUUUCUCGUGUUUUUCAAUGGUGAUACAUGUUUUUAUUUUAUUUUUUGUAGGACUCGUGUACCUUAUAUCUGCCUAUCAUUGGUUUGGCCUUGAGUGAGUUACACUCUGUAGUUUCCGAGUACCACGUAAGGUGAAGUAGGCACAAGUUAAUCAGGUUUUCCACAGUUGUGUGUUUGUAACGUACCGGUCAAGCUGUUAUCUAUUCUGUAUUUGUGUCGACGACAAAUACCUCUCUCUGUCGGUACACGAGACCAAUUUUAACAUCCUGAUCAUACACUUCAGUAUUUUGAGGGAGCACGUGGAGACGUCGUGUGCGCUUUUAUUUUUUUAGAGUUGCUUUCAGAGACUAAAGAGAUCUUAAGUAUGCAAAACCUUUCUUGAUUUAAGUGCCAUUUUAGAUGUUUUUGACAAGUGUGGUGGUAAUCUGUUUCCGAAGAUUACGAGACGUUGCGUAUGACAGUGAGCGUUCUAAUGGUGGAUUAUCAAAUAUCUAACGAUUGUGUGAACAUUUAUCUGCAUUUUCAACUUUUUGCCUUAGUUCGAAGCAUUCCACAUUAAGGUAUUUUGUUAACUGAGUGCUGUUUUUGCAGUGCUGGUACUUUAUUUUGAAUGAGUGUUUUUUGAAUGGUACGGACAGUGAGAUUUGGAAGCUGUAUGAACAUUAAGACUUGGCAAUAUGAAGCUCUAUAAGUAGACCGGAUCAAAAUUUGAUGUUGGCAAAACAUAGAAGUGCAAAGUUUGACAAUGAAAAAAGCUCAUCUGAUUGGACCUCACUGAUACACAGUUACCAAUGACCUAUAUAGCAAGACAUAUCUAGACGCCUACCUUUGUUCCUUGCUUGUUACUGUCUCGAACCACUUACAGAAAUGAUCUGUUUUCUCUCAUCUUUGUAAUUGCUUUGUAUAAUAGACUUAUGCAUUUUGGACUGUGGGAUAAAGCUGUUGUCAGUAGAACUUGUUCUCAUCACCUUUGAGUAGAGGGUACAUUAGGAUAUCUAUACAGUAGUCCUGCACAUAUUGUUUUGUAAACACUAAUAUAUUUAAUUUGUUAUACAGCACAUGAACAUUAAACUCUAUUUUUUUGA